GUGAGCUGUGAUUGGUCACAGCUUGUCACAUACAAUGGUACAAGGCUGUUGUGAAUAGCCUUGUACCAUGUGACCUCUGUGAUCAUUCACAGAUUUCACAUGUAGUAAGCAAUGAUGUCACAAGUGACAUCUUGCUUACUACUUUGAAUGUGAUCACUGAUUCGCCAAAUCAGUGAUCACAUGAUCGGGACUCGUACAGAGGUCCUGUCCGAUGAUCGGUGUUUCACUGUGUCCGGAGGACACAUCGAGCACCGGAUUCGCAGUGCCCAAGCCCUCCUCCCAUGGGGCAAUUCACAAGGUGUGUUCUGGGAGGAGGCCAUAUGAUGUCCAUCC